GCAGUUCAUGACCUUAAAACCGCAGUUAACUGCUUUUCGUGUAAGGUCAGAGUAUUCAAAGCCUCACUAAGUUAGAUGGUAGCUUUGAUAUCCUGGAAAGAGCAUAGAGAACUUGCUACCCAUGUGAUCCUGGAACUCCAAGACUUGUCAUACACAAGGUGGCUAGAAAUGUUAGAUCACUUUACAGUGAUCUAGGUCAAAAUAAGGAUAUCAGAUAAGCUAAAGUGGAGUGUGAAAUAAAUCCUAUCGAUAAUAGGUUUUAUAGCCUAUCAAUGAACUCUUGGAACAUAUUACUAGAAGAAAUUGUGUCCUCGCCUGCAAAUGAUUAGACACUUAUCGGAGCUUGCUAGGGACUUACCUAUAUAAUUAGCCUUCUGUUCCCAACAAACAAGUCUGGGUUAUAGUGCUCUUUUUUUGAAGAACUGUUAUGUAACCUACUGAAGUAAUGGAUUUUGAAGUGACUAAAGCUACUCCUUCUUUUUUCAUUUAAGUACUUAAUUCAAUAUAGAAUACUCAUAACACAAAGAACAACGGACAUCAUAUAUAUGUUUUUUCAAAGCUUGUAUUCAGAAGUUUUAGAAUUUCACUUGACAUAAUAUAUUCAUUUGGUUGAACUUGAGUCAUUGUCAAUUUGUUCGUAAAGCUGAAACUUUGCGGGUGCCUUGAGUUUGGCCUUACGCGCCUGAUUUGUCUCCUUACCCUUCGUUUUAUGCCUUUCUUCCUGCAUUUCAUGUCUUCUGUCGUUAUAACCAAUAGUAUACACAAAUCUAAAGGUUCGUUUUACUUACAAAUCAGGUAUGCAUAUCAAGAAGAGACUUCGCCGCUACAUAAGUAACAUUAUAAGCUUUACUAAUUCCCACACUCGAAACACGCUUCGUGAUCGAUCUGCUGAUUUUUAUGCAAAUGAAGUUACAGAUGAAUUGGUUGAUCUCAUGCGUAAAGUUUGGCUUCCGAUUGUUGGUCCUGGUUAUGAAAUCAUAGUUUUACAUAUUCAUAAAUCUCGCGGAACAUCAAAUUUGGGUAUAAGCAUUGAAGGUGUGACCUAUGUGGCAGAACCAGAUUUCGAUCAUGAAAAUUUAUCACCUACAACGGUUACAACUAAUAGUCAAAUUGAAGAUAAAUCUAAUUCAAGUAGUAAACUGUUACCAAAUGGUAUGGCAAGAUCUACUCAUUCAAAUGAUAUCAAAUAUAGUGAUAUGCCAUCACGCCAUUUCGUCCAAUAUAUUGUACCUGAUGGUCUGGUCGGUAGUUUGGGUGUUGUGCAAAAGGGUGAUGAGUUACUUCAGGCUAAUGGUCAUCGUAUACACGGUACAACGCAUACUAGUACUCUUCGUUAUUUGCGCAAUUUACCAUCACGCAUUGAGUUAGUCUUUGCUCGUAAAAAGUCUACAUAUGAGAAUGGGGGUGAUGACGUGUUUGGUAUUACGGACGGUAAGGAUCGGUUGAUUGAUGUCGCAGGGGAAUCAAUACUUGAAGUAGCUGCUAGUGAAAUUGGUUCUGUAGAUACUGGUUCAUCUAUGAGAAUAGUGAAUGCUUACGAUAAUGUUGAUCGGUCAUUUUAUUCUAGUCCAGUAUCGCCGGCUACGGCCCAUAAACGUGUCACCGAAUGGAUUCGAAAAUCUCAAGGAGAUUUAAGUGCGACUAUUGACUAUUCAUCUUCACCUGAAUCUUCUGUAACUAAACAAACUAAUAAUAAAUCAGAAAGAUUCAAUUAUUGUGAUUUAAAACACCCCCUCAAUAAUUAUGUAAAUCCGAAUUACACUAGUAAAUUACAACAACAGUAUCCAGUAAAUACAAUGAAAAACAAUCGUAAAUAUUCAUUACCCAGCACAAUACAGCGGUCAGAAACACAAAUACAUUCUAGGACUUUAGGGCGUUUACCAAUAUCAAGAUCUGGUAAAGUGUGUGUGGAAAAACAAUCUACUGAACAACACGAUCAUCGCCGUUGUCAAACUCUACCACAUUAUCAUCAUAAUCGGCCAAAUCGUAUUGAUCCUCGUUACGGUUUUAAACGACCAUGUUGGUCUUCAGUGCCUUUAAUUAUCCAACUGAAUAAAACAUCUCGUGGUUUUGGAUUUAGUAUAGCUGAAUAUGAGGAACUACCUGUUACUGACUUAGAAGGCAAUACACUCCGUAAAGCUUGUUCACUUGAUAGAAGGAGUUCUAAUAUGAUUGAAUCUGAUCGUAGAUCAUUUCAUUCCUAUUAUUCUACCGGUUCUACCAUUGCAUCAUUAUCAUCGUUACCUGGUAAGAAUUCCAAAUCUUCCAGGAGAUUGAAACGAAGAUCCACGUGGUCUAGUCGCUCCAAAUCACACGGUAUCUUAUUAGUUGACAGUUUAACUCCAGGUGGUAUUGCACAGUUGGAUGGACGUAUAUCAAUCGGCGACAGGCUGUUAUUUGUUAAUGAUAAAAACUUAAUGAAAUCUAGUGUAUUUGAGGCCGCUACUACACUAAAGUCCCUUCCUAAUGGACCAUGUUUAAUUGGUAUUGCAAAAAUGCAGUUGGAAUCAAAUGAAACAGAUGACAUUCAUGAAAAAAGCCAACAACAAUUACUACUGCCAUGCCCUGUUGUCUCUUCUAGACCUUCUGUGAUUGGCAUGUUUCCAGAUACUGGUGAAAUGAAAAAGAUCAGUGUUAAGUCUGAUCUAGCAUAUCCAUUACACGUAAACACUGGUGAUAGCACUAUCGAUAAUGACGAUAAUAAUACGAUUAUGUCAAGGCAUGGAGUAACUGCAUGCUUUGAUAGCUUCAGUUGGAGUUUAAUGCGUACUGUUUAUUCAUGUCCUUCUUUACAAAGGCCUCUACCCGAUUCAGUAUUUACUUUACGUGCAAGUAUUACCGAUAAUGAUGAUAAUUAUGAUAAAUAUCGUAUACCUUCCAUAAAUAAAAGGUUGUUUAUUGCAAAUAGUUUGGAUCAGUUGCAACAACAAAGUGAAUCUUUUUGUGGUCCGAGAUCACCAACACCUAAUCAUCUGAACCCUUUACUUUUGGAAACUAAUCAUUCUUCUACACAUCAAAAGUGUAAAAGUUAUAGUUAUAUUGAGCAGUUAGGAAAAUACACCAAUGAACACUAUUUCCAUCGUCAUCAUUCUUACCAUAUGUGUACAUUAUCUGAAUGUGGACAAAGUCAUAUGAUCCAUGAUAUUCAGAAGUGUCUAAAUACUAAUAACGUCAACCAGUUACCUCUUCAUUUAGUGCAUGAAAUCGUUCAAAAAGCAGUGGAUCUAAUUAAUUACGAAGUGUUGGAGGAUUCAAUUAGAUCAAAUUCGACUACCGAACGAAAUCGGUUCAUCUCAUCAACGUCAUCGACAAAAGCAGGAACAGCAGAUUCAAGUCAGUCAUGGACACAAUCUAUGAUUUCUGGAUUCUUAACAUCUUCGAACGUUAACGUUGAUGAUAGCAAUAAUAACAGAUUAGGUGCUGAUAAAGUAGAUCAAAUUCUUACUGAUCAUCACUCUACUUCAUCAUUGGUCUCUAGAAGUAGUUAUUGCACUACUGACGACAAUGCUAGUAGUACUCAAUAUUUAGCCGAUCGACUUGUUAUUCAAUCCAUUUUAAAAGCUUUGAAAUACUUGGAAGAUCAAAAUACCAAUAAUGAUAGAUUAUGUAAUUCUUCUGUUACAUCAUCUGCUAUUCCGCAUCAUAUUUCCACGCCAACUAAAGCAUCCACAAUUGAAUUAACUUCAAAGCGUAGAGAGUUUUCAGUAUUUAACAGAUACCAACUACCUUAUAUUAGUCAGAGUGGAGAUGUAAAUAAUGGAUCCGAAUGGUGUUCUGCAUCUAGUAAAUUGAGUAGUUACUAUAGAUUCCAACUUCUCUCGGACGAAAAUGGUCAUAAUAAUGUUGACAAUUUGUAUUCAAAUGGAGAAAUGGAUAAUAAUAAUAAUAAUAAUAAUGCCAUCAUCAUAGGAAAUGAUAACACUGACGAUAAUGAUGAAGAAGAGGAUGUAAAAACAGAGUGCGAUUUAUCUACAAGCUCAUCAGUCUCUCUCUCCCCUUAUGUCCAUCCAAAAACUAUGUCUUCAUCCAUUGAAUCUGAUCAUCAUGAGUUCAAUCAUUUACUCUUCGAGUCACUUUUCAUUCAUAGUUGUUAUUCAUCACCAAAAUCAACCAGGUCCAAUGAGCAUGCGAAUAAUAGUAAUAGUAGUAUUAGUUGUAAUGACGGUAAGACAGUUGAUAAACAUAAUUCAGGGGAUUGCUGUGUUAUUGAACAUGAUCAAGAUGCUUCACAGUCACGUUUUGCUGGUAAACGUCUGAAUAUUUCUUCAACAUCUCACCAGUAUAGUCGUCACCGACACCGAUCUGGAAGCCAUGAUAAUCAUGCUAUCCUGGACAACCAACUUACAAACCGUAUAGAUGAAAAACAUAAGAAGCUUGAUAUAAAGGUCUGUAGUCGUUGUUCAUCUUAGUAAUUUAGUCACCAUUACUAUACUGCAUGUAAAUAAAAUCAAGAAAUAUUGUAUUUGAAUAACGAACUUUUUCCCUUUCAUACCCAAUCAGUUACUAUUGCUUUUCUUGUGCAUUUUUGGAAUGGAAACCAAUAUGUCAUUGUUCUACUAUGAAUUUUUUGUGCCUCAAAUCUUUAGUUCUUUGAAAUUUUAAAUAUAUUCACGAUAUAGCAAUACAGGUUAAUCAUGUCUCUGAUCUCUUGGCGUGCUAUAUUUCACGAGUAAAGCAUUCCUGGUCGGUAUUUGUGCGCUUUUUAACAGGUUACUACACAUUUCAUUAUUAGCUGCGUAUAUUUUUGUGCACCAAUUUUCCUAUUAAAUUAAAGUUUAAUUUCUAACAGUUUACCUGUAAUAGAACUUCUAUUAAUGUCUUCUUAUUCAAUAUUUCUCAAAUGCUUCGAAUUUUUUGAAUAUUUAAUGUUUUCGUUUUGUAGCAUUUCUUAAUUAAUGUACUGCAUGAUCGUGAAUAAAGACAAAAAUAAUGUCUAAACUGUUACUGAGAGAUUUUUUUCUCGUUAUAUACUCACUUAUUGGUCAGUUCACCAUGUUGUUAUUCUGUUGUUUUGCAUAAACUGUGUUGUUUAUUUUCUCUGAUUUGAGUUUGUCACCUAUUCAUUAUAACCCUGUUUUGUUGAAAGAUAUGUUACAUCGAAUGGUUGCUCUUUUAUUGCUCUGAUGAUGUAGAUGUAUGACGAAGCUGUUACUAAUGGACAUGUGUAUGUGUGUCAUUUCCUAAUUCUGUUCACUCAUACAUACAUUACAAUAGAAUUCUGUUAGCAACACAAGUUUACAAGACUUUGGUUGUUAUAUAUAUGUGUGAAAAGAUUGUCAUAAUUCAAACAGAUACAAUGUUAUUUUUAGCUUUGUUUUCGUCAGUCAGGUAAUAAAACCCUAUUAGCAGCUAAACUGUUACUCUUUAAUGCUCGUUUUUUCACCAUAACUGUUCUGAUAUCUAGUAGCUGAUGAAAAGCUAGAAAAUUGGAAUUCAGGUUAUAAACUAAGUAGUUCUUCCCUUAAGACCUGAAAGUUGUAGGCUUUAUCCUAUUUGUAGUGUCGUGUAUGAUCACUGUUGAAAUACCACAAAAUACCAUGAAAUAAAUGUCACCUACUAUCUGUUUUCAAUUAUUCUGCAAUUUUUUUGAGCAUAUAAGUGUGCGUAUGGCUGAAUGACUGAGUGAGCUCAUACCGUAACUUAGCAUGGACAAAUCCCCAUGAACGAUCAACCUAAUUAUAUACUCUCAUGUUCUAGUAAAUAGCUGAGACUAAUUAUUUAAGGAGUGAGACACUUACCCUCAAAUGAGGUUAAGCGACACAUGAUAUAUUGUAGAUUAACUGGAGCUGUAAAGUGUGAAACCAUAUUCCUUUCUUAAAUGAUAUCUUCCUUACUAAAGUAAUCGAUGAUACAGAGUAUUCGAUCCUGCACAGAGCCAGCGGUCCUGUGAGCUGAGGAGUCCUGAAGUUGAUCGAAACGAUUAUUCUACAUUCAUUGUCUUCCUAUUGGUUCUCCUGAUAGUGUUAAUUCGUCAGGAAAACAAUCUUUAAAUUCAAUUAAGAAAUUUCGCUGUUUCUUAUUGGUUGCUUAUGUGGGAUUAGUUUCGAGCGAUAAAUCAGUUUUCACUCAAUAAUCAUCCAAUUUGUAAUAUAUAAUGCAUUUAUUUUAUUUCUUUUCACAUCUUGUAUUGACAAAGCACAUGAAUAUUAUCUUAUCCUAUGAGUAACUUUUAGUUUUUUGCUCUCGUUUCAAUAUCUUUAUUGAUCAAAAUGUGAGGAUCAUGUGCAAGUUUUGCAUCAUAAAUUGUUUUCUGGUCAGUCAUUUAUCGUUUGUUGUCCUAUUUUUAUGAUAUUGCUUUCAUGCAUGAAUCAGUGAUUAUCAGCAUGAAUGAACAUUUAUCUUGUGAUAUGAAGUCUUUAAUUUAUUUCGCAAUUCUAUUUUAACAGAAUGGUCUCAAUGCAACUGGAACUGAAGAUUUGGCUUUAGAUUUUUACACACUACCAUUACUUUGUCCAAAUCCUCAACUACAUGCACCCGAUUUACAAUAUGUCACUCCAGUUGACCCAACAUUAGAGAUAUCUGAGCGUUUGGAACGUGGAUCUUUACCGAUAGGUUUAAAGUUAGAUGCAUUAGCCUGUCAUGGACAAGAUGGUUGUCGUGUCGUGCAAGUUUUAGGUGGUGGGGCUGUAGCUCGUGAUCAAGUUCUUGUCACAAAUGAUUAUAUAACUAGUUUGAACGGUCUUUCUAUGCGUUAUUUAGACAAUUUAAAAGCAUUUGAAAUCUUACAUUCACUAUCGCAAAAUUCAGCUGUGAUUCACAUAACGUAUUUUCCUGCUUCCGUUAUUGAAUCUCAUCGAAUUAAAUGUUUAUCUAAAACAUUGAAUCAAACGAGUGAAAACUCUUUACAGAGAAGUUCUUUUCCAUAUUCGUCCAUUGUACAACCUAUAAAUUGGUCACCUCCGGUUGCAAUUGUACUUCAUCGUUUAGAUACUAGUCAACCCUGGGGUUUGGUUGUAUCUGGUUCUGAUAUUUGUUCAAAAUUGAAUUGUUCAGCACCAAUGAAUUUAGAAAAUCCAAGCAUUGUAUCCGAGAUAUUGCCUAAUAGCGUAGGAAAAAAUUGUAAAUUGCUUAGUCAUGGUCUAUUGAUCUUACAAAUUCAAGGUAUCGAUGUCUCCACCAAAGGUCCAAAUUAUGUCAAUGCUUAUCUGCAGUAUCUGUCGGAUCAGCCUGGUCUACGUGAAAUUCACAUAGUUGUGUGCCAUUUUAAUGAUGAUUGUACAAAACAUAUUAUUAAUGGUGAUGUUGCUGAGAUGUUUAAUCCAGGCAAUCAAGUUAAUAUUACCAAUUAUACUACUACUACUACUACUAACAAUAAUAAUAACAAUAACAAUAAUUUUACUGAUAAAAUGGAGUUAUCCAACUAUUUAAAUAUCUCCACACCUAUCAAUGGUCAACUAAUAUAUGGUCAUAUUGUCCACCCAGGGACAUCUCCAAGUUCCAGUGAUAUGGAAGAUCCUGAACCACUGACUGAUAUGGAGUCUCGUGAUGUGGUGGAUAUUUUAUCUCGAUCAGUGCCGUCGCCAGAUCCGAAUAAUUCUUCUGAUUCACAGCAUAAUACACAUAGGAAAACUACUCUAUGUCCAUUAUCUCAACUUUCAUCGCCUAUUUUAAAAGAUGAGGAUAACGCUGUCAGUACUGAUGUUAUGUUUUCAACGUAUGAAAAAUGCGAUAAAAAAUCAAAACUACAAAAUGGCUGGGUUAGUGACAGUGUUUGUAGUUCUAGUUCUCCAUCAUUUCCUCCACCUCUACUACCUUCUAGACGAUUGUCUACAACAUCUAAAGAACAAGAGCCGACUGGUUAUUUAAAACCUAUGGUAGUUAAUGAUUCAAAUGUAAAUGAAUGUAAGUUUAGAAAUUCAUUGUAAUCAUUGGUUUUCGAAUUUCAUUUUUACCAUCUAGUGAAACAGAAAUGUAGGUUCGAUCUUAUGUGCAGUCAUCGAUGUACACUAUAAAUCCGAAUCACAUGUCUAGUACUGUGUAAUUUACAACAAUUCGUAAUUGUUUAAUUUCUUUGAAAGUCCCUUAGUGAUGUGCAGGAUGAAAUCCAAGUGCUUCAGAAUUUUAUAUCAAAUACUUCUCACCAAUUCACUAGAUAAUUAUCUUCUUAUUCGUGCAGUAAUACAGAAUCAGGAUCCUACAUGUACACACACCUUACGUUUCAUAGACGUAUGCAUGUCUGACAGGCGCUAGGUUCUCGACGGUAAUUUUUUUACAUCUGGUUUAGGAUUUUUCGGCUGCUAACAGUUUUGAGCGAAUGUAUGUUUCCAAGUUAGUGAAGUGAUCAGUCGUGGAAAUUUCUCAACUCUAUAUUGUGUUACUCACUACCACUGAACUGUGCUUCUAAGAAAACAAUCGUACAACAGAUAGUUGCAGCAUCACCAAAAGUAUUUUGAUUUUACUCAGCUGUUUUGUCGUGAGAUUCUUAAGCUGAUAGGGUUGACAUGUUCUUUACAGAUCGUAAAAAUUGCGCAUUGAUCAAUCUGUACUAAUUUAAAGAGCUAAGAUUUCUCAGACAAACAAAUAAAAGAUACAAAUCACACGGGUAUUAUGAAACUUAAAAAAUGACCAGCGAAACUUAUUCAUUUUGUAAAAUAUUAUGCUAGUAAACUUUCUUAUCCAAAAUAUUGUUAUGCAAAAGUAAAUAUCAUUGAAGGUUAUUUUUAAAUGCAUAGACGACUCAAUGGUCUUUACAAAUUGUUCAACUUAUCUAUAGGUUCCGAUAUUUAUCUGUUGUAAUUUAUCUACCUCCCGGUUUGCAUUGAAUUUAUGUUAUUAGUAUCGGUUGAACAUUUGAAACCAAUUCUACAAUUAAACGUUUCCUAUAAUAUUUUUCUUUUGUUGUAAUCCCUAUGUCUUGGUUUUGUGUUUUUGAAUUGGUUCUAUUUUGUUCAUUAUACAAUAUAUUUUAGUAAAUUUCUAUAGUCCUGUGAAAUUGUACACACGUGAUAGCCAAGAUAAGAUACUUUUUAUUCAUCUACCAUUACUAAUUAAUUCUUCAUCAAACUACACCCAUAAUGUUAACGAAAAAACGGGAAAUUUGGGUUUGCAUCUUGUAAGCUGUUCUAAUCCCGAGAGUAUGGCUACAUUUGUUGCAAGCUGUCAAACGAAUUCUAGUGGCGGUCUUGAGUGUGGAGAUGAAAUUGUACAGGUUAGUUAUAAUGGAUAACAAAGUUUUAAUUCUCACGUGGUAAUGUGUAUCAUUCAGUCAAUAAAAUACAGCAAUUAAAUGUUGACUCUUCGAAAUUUGUUGCCAUUAAUCAUGUAGUUCAUAUUCAUCAUCAACAACAAAAUGACUGCCACAUUUUCAGCACUUUUUAUCCAGUAAAAUUCCCUGCACAAUCACAAUCUAAUUGGUUAAUUGUUCAGGUAGGCGUUUUUUGAGAAAUUUCAUACACGGAGUUCCCUUUAUCUUUGUUCUUGCUCUUUUCUAAAUGGUUAAAUGAAUGUAUCUUACUCUUUCUUAAUAGUUACCUGUUUUCACUUAUUUGUCAUUACUCGUGGCUCCGAAACACGUCUUACAUAUAAAGUGAUUGUGGAUAAUCGACAGACAACCUUGGACCUACGUUUUGUACUAUUUGUCACUCAUUGGCCAGCUGAGCCUUUAAUCUUGAAAGAUCUAGAUUUUCGGUCUACAGGAAAUGCUCUCAGAGAAAGUACCUUCCUUCUCUAACCUUUCAGAGGUUGGUUUUCUAUCAGUAGGUUUAGUUUUUGACUUGAAAUACCCAAAUGUUAUAGUUCAGUUUGGUGAAGUUUUUGACAGAAUACGGUCUCCUGAUCAACAUAAGAACAAUGCAAACAUGUUUGGAAUGCGGAUUGAAUUGCGUCAUCGCCUGAAUUAGUGAUAGGGAGUGAGGUAAUUGAGUGUGUCGAUCGCUUUACUUAUCUAGGAAGUUUCAUCAGUACUGAUGAUCUGGGGUCUGGUGAAAUUUCGGUAGAUUCAGAAAACUCGAUUGGUUUACGGUAACUUGAAUGAACAGUGGCGUAGGCGAGAUAGCCGUCUUCCGAACAAAGGACGAGUUUACUGCUCAGCAGUUUGCUACAUUAUACUUAACGGGUGUUAAACAUGCUUAUAUUUGCUUGUUAUCCUUCAAGGAGGGUCAUAAGUUUUCCUAUAUUCUCAUGUACACCAUAGUAUCGAAGAUGCCUCCACAAGAUUUCCCUAUCCACACUGUCAUAUGCCUUUUUAUAGUUGGUUUAAUAUCUCUUUUAUAUCAUACAUUCUUUAUGUACUAUUUUAAAUGGCUCUUUCGUGUUUCUUUUUCAUUUGUUUUAUACUGUUCGGUUAUGUGCGUCUAUAUCCGAUAUUUAGGUUGAAGACGUCAAUGUCUGUGGGUUAGAUCAUGUCUCCGUUCAACAGAUUAUCCACUCAAAAAUUACCGAAUUAAUGUCGAAUAAGUAUUCAAUCAAUAACUCAAGUAAUAAUUAUUUUAUUGGUAAUGAUAAUAAUGGACAAGUGAGUGAUUCUGAUCAAUCAGUUAUCAAAUCUUUCAUUACACUAAUCAUAAGACGAAAUCCAAAGAAUUUGUCAUUAAUGUCAUUUUCACGGGAGUGCAAUGAUUCACCGUUGAGUGUAGAUAAUUUGACUGGUAGCACCUGUUCAAAAGUGUUAUCGUCAUCACCACCUAAUCCAUUACCAACUGGUUCAAAGCCAAUUCCACAUACAUUUCUAAAAGAGAUCAUGGUUGAAUUAAAUGAAGAUUUUUGGAAAUUUCAACUAUUCGACGUUAUAUUGGAGAGAGGUUCAGACGGUUUCGGUAUCUUCAUCGUUAAUUUGAGUCCAAACAAUGAACCUGGUGUAUUCGUCAGCGAAAUCCGUCCAAACAGCCCAGCACAACUACAAGGAGUUCUUAGACCUCAUGAUCGUAUACUAGCUAUUGAUGGUCAACUUCAAUGUGAUUAUGAAAGUACACUGGAAUUGUUGCAAAAAUCAAGAAAAUCUGUACGCCUAACCAUCGGUAGGCAAAUACCUUGUCACAGUGACUCACAACAAAUGCUACAAUUUGGAUAUGUAACUACAACAGGGGAUAAUCCAGACAAUGAUAUAAAGCAUCAUAAAUUAUCCAUUAUACCUGGGAUUCCUGCUACAGUUACUCUGUACAAGACUGACGGAGGUCUCGGAUUCUCGAUUGUCGGUGGAAGUGACACAGUUUUGAGUAACAUUUUGGUCCAUGAAGUACACUCUGGUGGAGCUGCUGCACGUGAUGGUCGGCUUCAAGUUGGUGACCGCUUAUUAGCUGUCAAUGGGAUCGAUCUUCGUGAAGCUACCCAAAAAGAUGCCACAAAGAUUAUACGAACAGCUGAUGACUGUAUCCAAUUGGUUGUGUACAGAGAUCCUGAACCACAAUAUAUAAAUCAAGGUGUAUUCGAAUGUCAUAAUGUUCACUUGAAACGUGAUAUGCCUGGACAAAGUUUUGGUCUGUCAUUGAUUGGUCGACCUCAUUAUUCGACUGGUACAGCUAUUGGAGGCAUUGUAGAGAAUAGUCCAGCUGCUCGUUCAAAUCUUUUGGAAGUUGGUGAUAUAAUUUUAGAAAUUAAUGGUUGGGAUAUGCGUUUGGCUAAAUCAGAUGAAGUAGUCAAUUUAUUAAAGAAUGCACAUAGCGACGUAAAAUUAUUGAUUGGACGUUACAAAACUGGGCCAUCAAUGCAUGCCUAUCCUCGAAAUCGAUUAAAUGUCUAUGUGGUUGUACUUGAACGUCGUCAAUUUGGCUUUUGUAAUGAUCGUCCUCAGGCGGGAAAACCUUAUUCUAAUGAUCCUGAUAUCCUUGUUGAUUCUGUCUGUCAAAAAACUGAUGAAAAUGAAUUACACGAUUUAAAAUCAUCAACCAACUGUAUUACCGUAAACAUCGAUCAGAAGAUUAGUGGUGAUGACGGUAAUAAUAACAAUGAUGAAAUUGCUUCAGCUGCAUUUGGUUUGCGUAUUCGUUAUGCGAGUUCACAAGAAUUAUGGGACUCACACAUUCGACUAAUCGUAGAUAGUAUUCAACAUGACAGUCCAGCAGAUCGAUUAGGAAUGAUAAUGCCGGGUGAUCGCCUGUUAAGUAUAGAUCGUGAACCGGUAGAUUGGUUGAACCCAACCGAAGUGGUCCAGCUAUUAGCUAAUCUACUGUAUUGUACAAUUGAAUUAGGUCGUUUACCGUAUUUCAACGCACCAUUAUCUGCCAACAAUAAUGCUAUAUCAGAUAAAUGCUUUAAGCCUUCUCCACCACCGGUCACUUCUUCAUUAUCUCCAUCUCAUCGAAUUCAACAAGAUGAACAUGAUAUGUUCCCACCUUAUCCACCUCCGUCACUAGAACUACCGACAUUAUUUGGUGGUAUUAUGCCAUGUAUUGAAACACCAAGCUUUUUAAGAGAUAUGUGCACUUUGCCUGAACUACAAGAUGAAGAUGAUGAAAGUAAGAAUAAUAAAAUUAGAUUUGGACAUCGUGAGAAUGAUGAUCAUUAUCGGUUACCUGAAUCUACUUAUUGUGCAAUUAAUUCAAGCAAUCAACAAGACCAAAUUGAUUCAAUGUUGAAUAUGACACCUUUAAAUGAAGAAGAAAUUGAAAAGGCUUUAGAAUUAGCUGGAAGAGGCAGUGGAGGAUUUUUUGUACGACAGAUUUAUUUACCAGCUGCACCAGUUAAUACUAACAAUAACGCCAAUUCUAGUUAUAUAUCAAAUAUUCAUUUAGGUUUACGUUUAGUUAGUGGCCCGGGUGUUAGUGGACCAGUUGUUGUUCGUAUUGAGCCGAAUUCAUGUGCUUCUAGAACCGAUAUUCAGAUUGGUGAUCGUAUACUGGGUCUAGAUGAUAAACUGUUACUUUCUUUACGUCAAGAUAAUCAUUCUGCUGAUGAUAUACUAUGUACAAUUGAAAAUGAUUGGAUUACACGUUCAAUAAAUUCUCAGUUGACUUACGAACAAAAUCCCUGUUGUUUAACAAUUAUUAGUUAUCAUAGUUUACCAUUGUUCAGUUCAUUUGGUAAACAAGAAAGUGAUGCUAAAAUUGAAGAAAAGAAUUCAAAUAAAUACCUAGAAAAUAAUGCACAACUUACUAUAUCUUUAACAAAUUUACAUCUAACCAAUGGUAAUACUUCUAAUUGUCAACAUAGCAUUAGUAGUAUUGAUAUGGGAAAUCCGAAAAAUCACGUGGUAUCUGAUACUACUACUCCUUUACCAUUCGAAUCCAAAUCACCCAUAGUGAGUAAAUUCCAACAAAAUGGAGGAGUUGGGCACCCUCAUUCAGAUGAGGAGCUACAUCCAAAUUCACCAUCAUUACAUAAUCACCGCUAUGAAUUGUCUCUUGAACCAAGCGAUGAUGUCAUACAUCGCUUACCGAAUAAAAAUCUGUUUGUAGAUGAUGCGAUCCACGUGAUAUGCGAAAAUGCUAGUACUACUACCAACAAAAAUAAUGGACAACAUUCAUCAUGUGUUGAAUCGGUAUCAUCACUUUCAACACCGCCACCUGACGAUGAUGGCGUUAUGUGCAAUCGUCCAUUGAUGAAUAUAAAUCGUAAAUUUUCUAUUCAGAAUAAUCAACAUGUCUAUAAUAACAAUGGGAUUAUGAAUAACAAAGCAUGCCUUUAACACCGACAAUAACAACAGAAGUAAAUAUACAAUGAUAUAUCUAAACAAACAGGCUCGUAUAAAUAUAAAUAAAAUGAAUACAAUGAUUUGUGUUUGGUUUUCUCCUUUUCUUAUGUAAUAUUUUAUUCUAAACACUUGGUUUGUUUAUUUCAAAUUGUUAAUAUCCUGAUUUAUUUUUUUGAUUGAGAUUUGUGUUAAGAAUAAUUCUGUUAUUACCCUCUCUCUCUGCGUAAUUUUUUUCUGAAUAAAAAAUCAUCAAUUAUUAUUUGUAAAAUGAAAAAUAUUCCCUUUUAUCAUCAAUUAUCCUCUAUCAAAAAAUCACACAGACAGUUCAGCCAACUAGUAGUAACUGUCGUUGGUGCAGUUGGGACUAGGAAUUUCAAAACACUUUAUCCACUCUGUAAUUCGAUUGCGAAGUGCAAGUUGCUCGUUUCUGAAAAAUAUUAAAAUUAUUAGCUUCCUUCAUUUUUUUCAACUACACUUUGUGUCUAUCAUAAUUAAAAGGAUUUCAAUGUUGCAUACUUCCCUUUUUCCGAAUGUGAAAUUCUUUACCUAAUUUGAUUAUUUUUACGAAUCUGGAAAGUAAUUUCUUACAUGAAAUCAACAUAUAAUUGUGAAUAUAUGGAUAUUUUUGAUUCAGUAUAUAUAAACAAAUAAAAUGAGCACUGUCAUCAAAUACAGUUAU